CAGAGUCAAUAGAUGGAGCUUAAUGCACAUGCGCUGACCAUCCGUCCAGAGGAAACAGCCGGGGAGUAGCUGGUUGUCUGUAAACGAGCGAAUAACCCGGGUAUAGCGGAUUUCUCCCGAAACAAUUAUGACCGUAUCGCCGUUGUCGCUUUCUCUCAGGCAUCUGUUUCCCGGUCGCUGAAUGGCACUGGUAACCGUGCAGCGCUCACCGACCCCCAGCACCAGCCCCUGUGUUUCGGAGUCCGGCAGUGGGGAGGAGGACCGGCGCUCUCAGCCUAGGAGUAUCAGUGAGAGCUUCCUGACAGUAAAAGGCGCCGCCCUCUUCCUGCCGGGAAAUGGCUCCUCCCCUAGCUCUACCUCCCGCUUCUCUCACCUCCGCAGCAAACAUGCAGGUGACAUCCAGCAGCACCUGCAGACCAUGUUCACUCUCCUCCGACCAGAGGACAACAUUAAACUGGCAGUCAGGUUGGAGAGUACCUCGUACCAGGGGACUCACUAUAUGGUGGUGAUCUCCACUAAUGGCCGUCAGGACACAGAGGAGAGCCUGGUGCUGGGCAUGGACUGUAGCCCUGCAGACAGCUCGUGCUUGGUGGGGCUGGUUCUACCCCUAUGGAGCGACUCAGUGAUACACCUGGAUGGAGACGGGGGUUUCAGUGUGUCCACUGAUAACAGGGUCCAUGUAUUCAAGCCUGUAUCAGUGCAGGCCAUGUGGUCUGCUCUGCAGUCGCUCCACAAGGCGUGUGAGGUGGCUCGUUGUCAUAACUACUUCCCCGGCAGCCUGUUCCUGACCUGGGUCAGCUACUACCAGAGUCGGGUCUCCUCUGACCAAUCACGCAUCAACGAGUGGAACGCCAUGCAGGACGUUCAAUCACAUCAUGCCGACGGUCCCGUGCUCUUCUCUGACGUGCCGACUGAAAGAGAGAGGAUGGAGCGUCUGAUCAACACUCGUCUGAGAGAGAUUAUGAUGCAGAAAGACCUGGAGAAUGUCACCUGCAAAGAGAUCCGCACAGAGCUGGAGGUGCACAUGGUGUGUAACCUGUGUGAGUUUAAGGAGUACAUAGACAAUGAGAUGAUCCUGAUCCUGGGUCAGAUGGACAGUCCCACUGAGAUAUUCAACCAUGUUUACCUGGGCUCUGAGUGGAACGCAUCCAAUCUGGAGGAGUUGCAGGACAGUGGUGUGAUGUAUAUUCUGAACGUGACAAGGGAGAUCGACAACUUCUUCCCAGGUGUGUUUGAAUACCAUAACAUCCGUGUGUAUGAUGAGGAGGCUACAGACCUGCUAGCCUACUGGAACGACACCUACAAGUUCAUCUCCAGAGCCAAGUGAGAAAGCGGAGCUAAGUGUCUGGUGCACUGUAAGAUGGGUGUGAGUCGCUCUGCGUCCACAGUGAUAGCCUACGCUAUGAAGGAGUAUGGCUGGGACCUGGAGAGGGCAUUUGACCAUGUUAAGGAGCAACGUGCCGUCACCAAACCUAACCCCUCCUUCAUGAGACAGCUAGAGGAGUACCAGGGCAUACUGCUGGCCAGUAAGCAGAGGCACAACAAGCUGUGGCGUUCCCACCGGACAGCGACCUAUCAGAGCACCACGAGCCGUGUUGUGCUGGGCCAUCUGUGGGGGGAAGGUGUGGAGGCGAGGCAGAAGGGCAGCGACCGGCAGAGAGCCAAAGAGGUAGAGGCCCGGAUUCGCCAGGCUGGACUGACCCUCCCCUACCGCUCCCGCGAUGCCCACCGUGGAACCCCUCCUUUGGUAGCAGCUGACGAGUCCUCCAAGAAACGGAGGGGCUGGCAGAGGGGGAAAGUUCCUGACGCUAGUCACGCCCUUCGCCAAUGCCCCUAUCUGAUGUCCGUGGCAACACGACAGCAGUAUGGAAGGACACCCCCCCCCACACGUAGGCUGAAAAAAUGGACUGUCAGCACCCUCUACCACACUAUGUGACCCUCACACUGUUCUUUGUAUGUGUGUGUGAGCGUGAGACACAGAAAGUGAUGAAUGUGUGUAUGCCAUAACUGUUUAA